UGCUCUACACAUUGCUUGCGACGUGCCACGCGCUGCUUAGGGCGGAGGGGCUGUGUUUAGGGCAGGCAGAGGGAGGCGCGGCGGAGGUAGCGGAGGAGGCGGGCGGUUAAAGAGGCGAGGGUAGGGAGGUGGUUGGUGGGCGCGCAGGGCGGAAGUUGGCUUGCAGCGUGAUCGGGGCGAGAAGUGCACUUACCUCGCGUAUUGCUCGUUGCUUGUGGCUCGUUGCGGCGCUGAGAUCGUCGGUGCUUGGCGGCAUGGCGCAGGGCGACGUGGAGCUGGUGUCGCGGUCGCUGCAGCUGGAGCAGAAGCUCUUCCACCUGGACCUCAAGGACAACCCCCGCGGCCGCUACCUCAAGAUCAGCGAGCGCACGCCGCUCGCGCGCUCCACCAUCAUGGUGCCGCUGGCGGGCGUGGUGUGGUUCGUGGACCUCUUCAACUACUACGCCAACGGCGGUGACCAGGGCCAGCUCAGCAGCAAGGAGCUGCAGCUCGACUCCAAGGUGUUCUACUUCGACGUUGGGGAAAACCCCCGUGGCAGAUUCCUCAAGGUGUCGGAGGCGAGUCUGACGCGUGGGCGCAGCACCAUCAUAGUGCCUGCCACCACGGGGGCUGUCCCGGGCGCCUCUGAUGACGGCUGGUCUGCCUUUCGCAAUGCGCUGGUGGAGAUCCAUGAGGCCUCCCUUACCCUGCCACUGCCCGGUGCCGCACCUGCUGUCAACGUUGCUCUGGCAGCAGCAGCUCCUGCAGGCUACGCUGCAGGGGCCGCGGCAGCAGGGAGCACCCAGGAAAAUAUGGCAGGUGCAGGUGGCUCAGCAGGGGGUGCGGCAGGUGCAGCGGCAUCGCGCGUGAUUGUGGCGGACCAGAAGCGCUUCUUCCUGGACCUCGGCUCUAAUCCACGCGGCCACUUCCUCAAGAUCUCAGAGGUGCUUGGUGCGGAUCGCUCUUCCAUCAUCAUCCCAGCAUCUGCUGUUGCCCAGGUGCACGAUGCCCUCGCUCAGCUCCUUGCUGUGCUUCACGCUCAGGGGGGCCCUUCCUCGCAGCCUGCUGGCCCUGUGGUUCGCACGCUUGGGCCCGCACCCAAGCGCCCAGAGAAAUAACCAGCAGUGGCACGCGUUAAUUCCAAGCUUAGAUUUGCAGAAUUGAGUGACUAGUGCAUGAUGGGAGCACGCAAGCUGUACAUGGCCCAGCACAUAAUGCUGGAUCUGGUGCAUUGAAUUGAAAUGCGUGCUAUAAACCUACCAUGAACGUCUGCUCUCUACAUGAACAAGUGCCAAGGGGGUUUGUGUUAGCGGGA